AGGGUUCUUCACUUGUAAUUUGUAGGAUUCUCCGUUUCAUCGUUUCGCUCCUCCUAAUCGUCCAUCGAAACCCUAAUCGUUUGCAGAAUCAAGUAGUUAUGACAGGAAAAGCGAAGCCCAAGAAGCACACGGCGAAGGAGAUCGCCGCGAAGGUGGAUGCAGCGACGACCAACAGAGGAGGUGGCAAGGCCGGAGUCGCUGAUCGCACCGGACAGGAAAAAGGUGGUCACGCUAAGUACGAGUGCCCGCACUGCAAGAUCACCGCACCGGAUGUUAAAACGAUGCAGAUUCACCAUGAUGCUAAGCACCCUAAGAUUCCCUUUGAUGAAUCUAAGAUCAAUAACCUCCAUGCCCUUCUUGCACCUGUUGCUGAUACGUCCAAACCUCGCCCCGGUGUUCGUGGCAGCCUCAAGAAGGGAGAAAAGAUGCCUGAGAAGUGAAGGGGAGCAACAAGAAGGGCAACAAGAAAUGCCAUUAUGGUGGUAUGAAUGUAAUAAGUUUUUCGUGGGUGUGUUUAUAAUACGUGUUACAUUUUAACAAACAAUAAUCUUGCUAACAAUCGUGUGUAUAAAAGAAUGUUGACCGACCCUUCAAUA